CUUACUCCUGUAUAAAAACUCCCAGAGCAGAAAUAUGAUCACAUCCUAAUUGAUUCUAGCCUCCUCACUCAUCUUAUCUAGAAUAGGAGAUAGAUAAUGGAAUUGAUUUUCCUUGUUCUGCUCUCUCUGCACACUGCCAAGACAGCAACAGAAGGUGAGAAAGAAUGGUGCUACCUAUCACAAAAAUGCACUCACCCCAGCUGUGCAGAACCCCGUCUCUGGAAUACAGUAAAUAUGGAGUGUGGAAAAAAUGAACAGUCACCUAUCAAUAUUGUCACCAACAAAGUGGAGUACAAAGGGGACCUGAAACCAUUUACUUUUGAAGGCUAUAAUACCAGUCAGUCCCCUCAUUGGACCAUAGUAAAUAAUGGGCAUACGGUUAAAGUUUCUCUUAGCGGGUCAGCAAAGAUUGGAGGUGGAGGUCUUCAAAAUAAAUACAAGGCUAUUGAGUUUCACUUCCACUGGGGCAUGAAGCUAGACAAAGGGUACAGCCCUGGAUCGGAACACAGCAUCGAUGGAGAGAGAUACGCUAUGGAGCUUCAUAUAGUCCACAUGAAAGAGGAUUUCUCCACUAUAGAGCAGGCAGUGAAAGUUGAAGAAGGUCUGGCCGUGCUGGGGUUCUUUAUAAAGACCGGUGCAAAAAAUGAAAACUAUAAAUCUCUAAUAGAGAUAUUAAAUGAAGUUGCUGUCAAAGGGUCUCAAAAAAAUAUGUCGUCUUUGCCCCUGGAAUCGCUCAUUCCAGCGAAAGAGGAUCUCACACGCUAUUAUCGGUACAGUGGCUCCCUGACCACUCCCAACUGCUACGAGGCUGUCGUCUGGACAAUAUUUCAGGAGCCAAUCAUACUGAGUGAAAGUCAGGUGGUGAACUUCUUGGAGAAGCUUUACUUCAGUGAGAAUAAAACAUUACAGAUGACCGACAAUUUCCGACCUGUUCAACCUCUCGGGAACAGAACUGUGUACCGCUCUGAUGUCAGCGUUGUACAGCCUCCUGCAAAGGCUUUAUUGGUGAUCCCAACACUUAUCUACCUCAUGAGUCUUCUUUUCCAGUAAACACUACCAGGUUUCUGGGCUUUAAUUUUUUGUUUCAAGCACUUCUCUCCAGUUGAGAAGCUCUAGACUACAGCUGAUUGUACACCAUAGCCUUGCUGUUUUUUCUAACGCUUAUCAAUAUGAUUUUUUUAUAUAUAAAAAUAGGGCUGUCGAUUAAUCACAGUUAACUCACACAAUUAACUAAAAAAAUCCAUCGCAAUUAAUCACAGUUUUAAUCACACUGUUAAGCAAUAAUAAAAUACCAGUUGAAAUAUAUUAUACAUAUUUUUGGAUGUUUUUCUACAUUUUCAACUAUAUUGAUUUCAAUUACGACAUAGAAUAUAAAGUGUACAGCAUUCACUUUAUAUUUUUAUUACAAUAUAUGCAAUGUAAAAAUGAUAAACAAAAGAAAUAGUAUUU